UAGCAGCGCGAGCCCUAAAACUCAAAAAUCGCUCUCCCUGUCUGUGUGUCCAUUGCAGCACACACGAACACCCAUACAGAGCCCUAGUUCUUCGUCCACAAUGAAGCUCGUUAGGUUUUUGAUGAAGCUGAACAACGAGACCGUCUCGAUCGAGCUCAAGAACGGCACUGUCGUUCACGGCACCAUCACAGGUGUUGAUAUCAGUAUGAAUACACAUUUGAAGACAGUGAAACUUACAUUGAAGGGAAAAAAUCCAGUGACGCUGGAUCAUCUCAGUGUGAGGGGUAACAAUAUUCGAUAUUACAUCCUUCCUGACAGCUUGAAUCUUGAGACUUUACUGGUUGAAGAGACGCCUAGGGUUAAGCCCAAGAAGCCUACUGCCGGGAGGCCUUUGGGACGUGGACGUGGCCGUGGACGUGGACGCGGGCGUGGACGUGGUGGUCGUUAAGCCAGGCUGCAUUGGUUUCAAUUUUUGUGGCACUUGGUUAUGUAAACACCAAUGUUGUAGGGAGAAUUUAUUGGAGCUUUUAGGGACAUGAAAAGAGUGUUUUCGCUAUUUCAUCUUGUAUUCUGAGUUCUAUCCUUUGAAAUUUCUUAAAAUAUCUAUCAAAGAAGUCGGUGUUGAUAACCUCAUGAAACUUUAUAAAUAGACCCCAUUAUCGUAGAAUUUCACAGUGCA